UCCCGAAAGAUGGCGGCGGCGCCUCCAGAUGAGGUUAGCCUGCAGUCUCGAAUCAACAAAGCCACCAAUCCUCUGAAUAAGGAGAAUGACUGGGACAGUAUCAAGGGAUUUUGUGAUCAGCUCAACGAUGAACCAGAGGGUCCUCAGCUUGCAACCAGACUUCUGGCCCACAAAAUCCAGUCUCCUCAGGAGUGGGAGGCUAUGCAAGCGCUUACAGUUCUUGAGACGUGCAUGAAGAACUGUGGAAAGCGAUUUCAUAAUGAAGUGGGAAAGUUUCGCUUUCUCAAUGAGCUCAUCAAGGUGGUCUCACCCAAGUAUUUAGGUGCCCGGGCUCCAGAGCCAGUGAAGAAGAAGGUGUUGGAAAUAAUGUACAGGUGGACGGUGAAGCUGCCAGAUGAGACCAAGAUAGCAGAUGCAUAUCAGAUGCUGAAAAAACAAGGUAUUGUCAAGCAGGAUCCUGUGCUUCCUGAUGACCAGCCCCUCCCACCCCCUCCACCCAGAGCCAAAAGUGCCAUCUUUGAGGAUGAGGAGAAAUCCAAGAUGCUGUCGCGCUUAUUGAACAGCACUCACCCAGAAGAUCUAAGAGCAGCAAACAAACUCAUCAAGGAAAUGGUCCAGGAAGACCAGAAGCGAGUGGAGAAGGUAUCAAAGCGAGUGAACGCCAUCCAGGAGGUGAAGGAGAGUGUUAGCCUGCUGAGCCAGCUGCUGGAGGGCUACAGCAAGGAGAGCUGCUCCCAGAGCAACCAGGAACUCAUUAAGGAUCUUUACCAGCGCUGUGAAAAGAUGAGGCCUACACUAUUCCGAUUAGCAAGUGAUACAGAGGAUAAUGAUGAAGCCCUAGCGGACAUCUUAGAGGCCAAUGACAGCUUGACACAGGUCAUCAAUCUGUAUAGACAGCUGGUAAAGGGUGAGGAGGUAACAAAAGAUGACAUAACCAUGCCCUCACAACCAGGCAGCAGUAGUUCAGCACUUGUAGACCUGAUGGGACUUAAUGCAUCACCCAACACAGAGUCCUCCAGCCUACAGACCCUGACUCAGAACGUGGGUAUCAGCCUCUUGGAUGAUGAACUCAUGUCUCUGGGACUGAAUGUAACAGAAAACUGCGACUCCCAGAACACUUUCCAGUCCUCUGAUAGCACAGAAUCAUCUGCUCCAUCUGUACCAGCUGCAGUGUUGCUCCCAGCUGUGGUCCAGACACAGCAGGCUCCACCAGCGGGGAGCUCUACUACUGCUCCUCCUAAAGCCAUGGAAGAGCUGGAUUUGCUGGGGAAGACAUUGAUGCAGCAGUCCUUACCUCCAGAAAGCCUGCAGGUCAAAUGGGAUAAGAUCCAGAAUCAAUCCAGAGUCACUUUACGAGAUCUCCAAACCAAGUCCAACACCAACUCUAGACCUGCUCCCCCUGCAAACAUCACGUCCUCUGGUCUAGCUCCCGUUCCAGGGCCCACAUCCAGCCUGGCCGUCCAAUCGGAGCAGCCUGACACUCUCCUCCUCUCUAACCUCAGUCUCACAGCUGCUGAGAAAGGCUCAUCACUUGCUGCUGACCCCUGUGACAACAUCUCCCUCACUGACGUUACUGUGCCUCUGGAAUCAAUCAAUCCUAGCAGCUUAUUACCAGUGACUGUAUUUGACAAACACAGCCUCCGGGUUUUGUUCACCUUUGCCCGUGACUGUCCUCCAUCACGGCCAGACGUGCUGGUGGUGAUCAUCUCCAUGCUGUCCUCGGCCCCCAUUCCUGUCACCAACAUCCGUUUUCAGGCAGCUGUGCCCAAGGUGAUGAAAGUGAAGCUGCAGCCUCCCUCUAGUACUGAGCUCCCAGCCUUCAAUCCCAUCCUGCCUCCAGCCGCCAUCACACAGAUCCUGCUACUGGCUAACCCUCACAAGGAAAAAGUACGUUUGCGGUACAAAUUAACAUUCAACCUGGGGGACAAAUCUCAUGACGAAUCUGGUGAUGUGGACCAGUUUCCCCCUCCGAACACCUGGGGGAACCUUUAAUGAGAGGGACCACCCUCCUGUCAUCUGAUCUGCUGCUUCCUUUUAGAUUUAGGUUGAAGUUGUCCCUCAUCACUGGCAGAGGCAAGAUGGCCUCUUAACACGUCAGUGGCUUUCAAAAGUUUAAUAAUACAAACUGACAUGAGACCAGUUGUGGGAGCCAGCUUCUACCUUGUGCCUUCCUUCACAGCCUUCCUGUCUUUAUUCCAUCAUCUCCGUGUUCCUGUGUUCUGUACCUACUUUCUCCUCUUCCAACAAUCAGUUCAACGCAGAGAGAUAUAGCAAACUGUCAGAAACACUGACUCUAUGCAGUGACUUCUGGAAAAACAUGUUGAGCCUUUAAAAAAAAAAAAAAAAAAACGAAUAUGUGCAUUUGUCUGCUCGUCCCAUGUCAUGUGAAUUACAUGUAACAGCUGGCGUUUGACAUUAUUUCUUUUUUUUUUAUUUUUUUUAUUUACAAAACCCAAAGCUCAAUCUGAAGCGAGUGUCUGAUGCAUACCUAACCUGGGAUUCAAAAUGUUACAUAUUCAGAGUAUUGUCACAACUUGUGUGUCCAGUGUUUAUUUUGAGUGUCAGAGAAAGUCAUUUUUUUUAUUUCUGUCCAUCAAUACUGUUUCUCAGUUAAACUUAAAGUCAGCUAAUGCUUAAAGUGUUAUUUUAUAAGUGUGAACAAUCUUACCAAAAGCCAAAAAACUCAAAUACAUUCAGUUCAUGAUAUGGAAUAGUCGCCAUUUUACCUGAUAACUUAUCGGAACUGAAGUUGUUUUCCUUUUCAAAUGAAGAAUUGAUUCUUUUUCUCAUUGUUUCAGCAACAGUGUUUUCAGGAAGAGGGGCAGCAGUCAAACUGAAUCAUGUGCAACUUACUGGAAAACCUCUUCACCCCAUAAUGUAAACUGUGUUGUUUAUUUGUCAAGCACAGGGUUGCAAAUGGAAAUAAUCAAACUAAAUGUAACUGUCAACUCCCACAAUUUAAACCAUUAUAGUGGGUUUUCUUUUGAUCUAAUGAAGACAGAUCAGAGUAUGAGGAAAGGAUCGGAAAUGAUGUAAUAACUGUAAAAGGACUGGGAAAACCAAAUUAUCCAAGGAGCAUACAUGAUGACUUGAUACAUAGUUUUUAAGUAUUGGUUUUAACAUACUGUGUGAAAGAUAACAGUUUGGCAGUGUGUGUCUAAGCUCUGGCAGUAGGGCUUUUUCACAGCAGCAACAUUAAUAAUGUCACCAUGUCCCAGGAAGCCAAUACAGUGGGCCAGUGAGUCAGCAUGUACAAUACCAGGACCCUGAAACUGAAGCAGCUAAAUGGAAUUCAGCCAUCAUUCAUUUGAUUAGUUAUAUCUCUGCUUUUUCCUAUUUUGAUGUGCCAGUGUCUCGUGUGAAAAAGGCCCAUGAAGGUAGGGCACUGAAUCUCUGCCCCUUUAAAAUUUAGCUUUUUUUUUUUUUAUUUCUGCACUUUUCUUUGUUUUCAAAAGAUUGGGACACUAUUUAACAUUAUGUUUCACUCAGGAUUUUGAUUUGGUAAUUUUCUUCUUACUCAACCUGAACUUUACAUGCACUUAUUUUGUUUAAAUUUUGCACAUGAAACCAUUCCCUUUGACCUUGUCAUUCCUCAUUUGCUGCCUUUCUACUGUCGAUUGACCCAAAGAGGGACAUGUGAAGUCCUGAGCUGACAUCGCUGACAUCCAGUUUGAUUCUACCACAUGUGCCUGAGAUGAAACCUUUGAUUUUCAUUUGCUUUGUACAUAUAUGUAUACAAAUGACUGGUUUGAUCGUUUUCAUAUGUCCAUGUCCUUAUCAGCAAAGACUCUGUGAAACAAA